AUGGAAUAUACAAACAUUUCGUUUUUCGAUCAGAUAAACUCUACCACUAAAAUCAAUGCCAGCAUUGCAGCAACCACUUCUUUACCAGCUAGAGAUAUCCUGGUAUCUGACUACACUUUAAGUCUUUUUACUUUUGUUGUCGAUAUUUGGACCAACCUUCUACUAUGCUCUCUCGGCAUCAUCACCAACAUCAUUAACAUCGUUGUCUUCGCCAAGCUGGGGUUCAAGGACAGCGUCAACAUCUCAUUGACAACCAUUGCAUUCUGGGACCUGAUUCGAGUCUUGUGUGGAGCGGUCCACAGACUCUACGGCCCGGUGUCGUUAGCCUCCCCUGCCCUAGGCAAAACUUGGCAGAGCCUGACGAUCACGAAUCUCCAAUACGUCAACAUCAUUUCCGGGAACGUAUCUUACGUCAUCGGUGCUUACGUAGCUAUAGAACGAUGUCUCUGCGUCAGUUUUCCGUUUAAAGUUAAAACCCUCAUCACACCAAAAACAACUUUCACGUUUUGUAUACUUCUAUCAGUACUUAUCUACGGGUCAUUUUUUCUAUUAUUUUUCAUGUUCGAAUCGAAAUGGAUCUACAGUAAAGAAAUGCAAGCCACAAUCGCAAUCUACCAGUAUACCGAAUUUAGUCAAAUCCACGGCCAGCGGUUUUUUGAAGCCAACCGUUUCAUGGGUACCAUCUACCCUUUAUUAAGUCUCACCACAAUGGUAGUCAGUACCAGCAUCAUCGCGUUUCAUCUAAAAAAAUCUUCCCAUUUUAGAAAAGAUGUCGCGUCUAAAACGAGAAGACACGAGACCAGCAAACAAGACGAGAUGACCACUAAGGACUGGAAGGCGAUCAAAAUGCUGCUAGUGGUCAUCGGCGUGUACAUCAUCAACCUGGCACCACGGGUCACCUACUACAUGGCCAUGCUGUGUGUGCCGGAGUUCUACGUCAUGAAGUUCUACAACAACAUCUUCUGGGUCGCCACCUACACGUACUUCGUCUUCGACUACAUCAACUCGUCCGUGCACCUUUUUGUUUUCUACAGCAUGAGUUCAAAGUUCAAAUCAACAUUUCUCUCGACUUUUCAGCCUAAAUGUGUUACCAAAAGAAAUACCACAUCGCAAAGUCCAAUAGUCAAAGAGGCUUCACGCCACAGAGUUCCCGAUAGCAAUAGUUCUUUUUAA